ACACGCGUGAGUAAACAGCCCACGCCGGGAAAGUCGAGGCCGGCCUGCCUCCCUGUGGUGCGGGCAGCGGCGGAGACGACGUAGUUCUGAUCCUCAUUCGUGGAGGGUGGCCAACAUGACGGCCCGGGGGGGACAGAGCCCAGUCGCCCCGCUCUUGGAGACUCUGGAAGACCAUUCCGCCUCCGGUGGAGAGCAGACGGACGCUUACCUCGCUCUGACAAGCCGUAUUACUGGAGAAGAUGGAAAAGAAGUCAUUAUAGAAAUUGAGAAAAAACUUCCUCAGCUAUAUGAAGUUUUAAAGACUCACAUUUCCAGUCAAAACUCAGAGCUCAGUUGUGCUGCUCUACAGGCCUUGGGGUUUUGCUUAUAUAAUCCCAAGAUUACCUCAGGAUUAUCAGAGGAAAGUAUGCAAGAACUGCUUUCAAAAUUGAAUGAUAUUGUUAAGAGUUCAGACAAAAAUGUACGUGCUAGGGCACUUUGGGUGCUAUCCAAGCAGACGUUUCCCACUGAAGUUAUUGGCAAAGUAGUACCCAGUAUAAUUGAUUCACUAGAAAUAGUGUUUAAUAGAGGAGAGAUGCAUUCUGCUGUUGUUGAUUAUGAAGCAUUAAAUGUCAUCAUAAGGCUAAUUGAACAAGCCCCAGUUCAAAUGGGAGAAGAGUCAAUUAGAUGGGCAAAACUGGUCAUACCUUUAGUUGUUCAUUCAGCCCAAAAGGUACAUUUGCGGGGAGCGACUGCUCUAGAGAUGGGAAUGCCGUUGUUGCUUCAGAAACAACAAGAAAUAGCCUCUAUCACAGAGCAGCUUAUGACUACCAAAUUACUUUCAGAACUCCACAAGCUAUUUAUGAGUAAAAAUGAGACUUAUGUUUUAAAAUUAUGGCCUUUGUUUGUCAAACUUCUUGGGAAGACCUUACAUCGAAGUGGGAGUUUCAUUAAUUCUCUAUUACAGUUGGAAGAACUGGGAUUUCGUAGUGGAGCACCCAUAAUUAAAAAAAUAGCUUUUAUUGCUUGGAAGAGUUUAAUAGAUAAUUUUGCAUUAAAUCCUGAAAUACUAUGUAGUGCGAAAAGACUAAAGUUGUUAAUGCAGCCUUUGAGUUCCAUCCACGUGAGAACAGAAGCUCUAGCACUAACAAAACUAGAAGUCUGGUGGUAUUUAAUAUUGAGACUUGGACGUCAUCUUCCUGCUAAUUUUGAACAGGUUUGUGUGCCUCUAAUUCAAAGCACAAUAAGCAUUGACGCUAAUGCUUCACCUCAGGGCAGUUCAUCUCGUGUAGCUACUUCUGCAGGUUUAAACCCUAUGACCCCUCAACACAAAGGUGCUUCCCCAUAUGGAGCCUCUGUAACCACCCGGAUGAACUUGAGUUCGAAUUUUGGUGCAAUGGCCACAAUCCCCUCUAUUCAACUUUUAGGACUUGAAAUGAUACUUCAUUUUUUGUUGGGUCCUGAAGUUUUGAGUUUUGCUAAGGAAAACAAACUUGUACUGAGCUUAGAGCCUCUCGAACAUCCGUUAAUCAGCAACUCUUCUUUUUUUUCCAAAUAUGCGAAUACACUUAUAACUGCUGUUCAUGAUAGCUUUGUUGCAGUUGGAAAAGAUGCUUCUGAUGCAGUUGUUAGUUCUAUUUGGAAGGAGCUGAUUAACUUGGUGAAGUCAGUUAUUGAAUCAGGAAACAAAAAAGAGAGACCAGGUUCUGAGGUUUUGACCCUCUUAUUAAAAUCUUUGGAAGCCAUAGUGAAAUCGGAAGUAUUUCCUCUAUCAAAAACACUGGUCCUCAUGGAAAUUACAAUUAAAGGACUUCCUCAGAAAGUUUUAGGUUCACCGGCAUAUCAGGUUGCUAAUAUGGAUAUUCUUAAUGGAACUCCCGCUUUGUUCUUAAUUCAAUUAAUUUUCAACAAUAAUCUCUUGGGAUAUGGUGUAGAAGAUGAAAGGUUUUUUCUUAAUCUGGAAACACUUGUAGGUUGUGUUCUUUCUGGUCCAACUUCACCACUAGCUUUCAGUGACUCUGUUUUAAAUGUUAUUGAUCAAAAUGCAAAACAGUUGGAAAACAAGGAGCAUCUCUGGAGAAUCUGGAGUAUUAUAGUCAUUCCAUUGACUGAAUUGAUUAAUCAGACCAAUGAAGUGAAUCAAGGUGAUGCCUUAGAACAUAAUUUUAGUGCCAUCUAUGGUGCAUUGACUUUACCAAUAAAUCACAUUUUUUCAGUACAGAAAUUUCCAGUGGCCACCAUGAAGACCUUACUUAGAACUUGGUCAGAAUUAUAUAGAGCAUUUGCCCGCUGUGCUGCUUUGGUGGCAACUGCAGAAGAGAAUUUGUGUUGUGAGGAGCUUUCUUCCAAGAUAAUGGCCAAUUUGGAAGAUGAAGAUUGUUCAAAUUUGUUGUUCUUGGAUAGGAUCAUUCAUAUUAUUACUGUAGUGGUUGAUUGCAUCGAUUUCUCACCAUAUAAUAUUAAAAUUCAGUCCCGAGUUAAAUCACUGAAGAGACCUUCAGAUUGGUCCAAAAAGAAGAAGGAACCCCUGGGAAAAUUGGCUUCUUUAUUUAAACUUAUUGUGAGAGUCAUGUAUUCUUUCCACACUUUGAGCCUCAAGGAAGCACAUUCUGAUACUCUCCUCGCUGUUGGGAACUCAAUCACCAGUAUUCUUUCCAAUGUACUUGGCCAUAUUUCUUUGCCUUCUAUGAUCCGAAAAAUAUUUGCAACUUUAACAAGACCUCUGGCAUUAUUUUAUGACAACUCAAAGUUUGAUCAAGUUCCGAAAGUGUACAGUUGUAUGAACAACAAGUUAGAAAAGCUACUAGGAGAAAUCAUUGCUUGUCUACACUUCAAUUACACUGGAACUUAUGACACUGAACUUCUUGAACAGAUCUCCCCAUUAUUAUGCAUAAUAUUUUUGCACAAGAAUAAACAGAUUCGAAAACAGAGUGCUCAGUUCUGGAAUGCCACAUUUGCUAAAGUGACGGCGUUGAUUUAUCCUGAAGAGUUAAAACCUAUACUAAGACAAGCCAAAGAAAAAUUCCUACUGCUGUUGCCUGGUUUGGAAAGUGUUGAAAUUAUGGAGGAAUCCAGUGGACCAUAUUCAGAUGCAACAGAAAACUCACAAUUAAAUAUGAAGAUAAGUGGCAUGGAAAGAAAAUCAAGUGGAAAAAGAGAUUCUUUUUUGGCAAAACCAAAGGGUUCAAAAGAAAAUAUGAAAUCACCAGCCAAAUUGAAACUAGAAUCUUCAUCUCCCAAAAUAAAGAGUGAAAUGCCUUUGGAAGAAGAAAAGUCUAUUGAAUUUGUAUUUAUACCUCCAGAAGGAAAAGAAGCAAAGGAGAGAAUACUAACUGAACAUCAGAAAGAAGUACUCAAAACAAAGAGGUGUGAUAUUCCUGCCAUGUAUAAUAAUCUGGAUGUUUCACAAGAUGCAUUAUUUUCUCAAUAUACUCAGGAAGAAUCUAUGGAGGUUCCUAGAUUAGCUGAAAAAUUGAAGGAAGAUUCCAAGAUGAUACUUAAGGAGGAACUAAUGAAGAGUGACAUUAUGCAAGAUGUUACGGAAAACUGUGGUAUGAAAGAACAUCUCAAAAAGACUUCCGUUUCCAAUGAGAUUGGUUCUAUUGAGGAAACCAAUCUGGGAAUACUGAGCAGUAAUAAUAAUGCCCGAAAAAAAGCUUUAAUUUCAUCAAAGAAAAUAUCAACUGAAUGUGCAUCUAGUGCAGAAAACACUUUUGGUGUUAGCAGUAGCUCGGUUUCUAAUAUCACUAUUUCUGGAACAUCCCCACAGCCUACAAGUCGAAGGCAAACCUUUAUUACUUUGGAGAAGUUUGAUAGUUCAGAAAAUAGACCUUUUAGUCUUUCCCCCUUGAAUAAUAUGUCAUCAGCUGUUACAGUGAAAAAUAGUCAGGAAGGCACGAAUAAAACAGAUACUCUACCAAAAGCAAAGAGAAGAGAAGUGGCUCUUUCAAAAUCUGAUUCUGAAAAAAUAGUGCAUGGAAAUAAGCGGUCAGGCCUAAGGUCGAGUAAAGCUGAACAAACAGGGAGUAAAAGGUCUAAGCUCUUAACAACAUCUGAUCGGGAAAAAAAUACUGGGGAAUCUAUUGAUAGCAUGGUAGCCUUAGAAAAUAACCCAGCUGUUUUGCUUAAUCAAACAGAAUGUGUGUUAGAUAAUCAGGCUCAUCUCUCAGAAUCCUCAGUGGAACAUGAGGAUACAGUGCUUAAACCAACAACAGAAAAUGCUUUAUUAGAAAGCAGUAUUGUAGAAGAGAAAACUUUAGGAAGUAAUUUGGAAUCCAAAGAAAAUACACCCCCAACCAUAAUACCAGCUGAUCAAAUGGUAAAUGAGGAUAGUCAUGUUCAGAUAGUUCCAAAUCAGAAAACCCUUAGACGAUCUUUAAGGCGACGGUCAGAAAUAGCAGAGCCUACCACUGAUAGCCAAGAUAAAGAAAAUAAUCAUCAAAAAAAGGAAAGACGAAAGGAAGAAGAAAAAACUCUUCAGAAGAGUCCGUUACAUGUAAAAGAUGAUGUGUUACCUAAGCAAAAAUUGAUUUCUGAGCAAAUUGUACAGGAAACUUUAAUUGAGGAUGAUUCUUUACAUGAGAAGACUUUGGGGGAAACCAGCACUAAUGCCGAAAUUGACAAAAGUAGAAGAAAGCCAGACCUUGAGAAUAUUAAAUCUGAGGGAGAUGCUGCCCAGGACGUGGCAGAGAAGUCCUCUGAGAAACCAGUAAGGGGACGAACACGGUAUCAAACAAGAAGAGCAUCCCAGGGGUUACUUUCCAGCAUUGAAAACUCCGAAUCUGAUAGUUGUGAAGCAAAAGAGGAAGGUUCUAGAAAGAAGAGAUCUGGAAAGUGGAAAAACAAAAACAGUGACAGUAUUGACAUUGAAGAUCAGGAAGAUAAGAUGGAAAAACAGGAAUGUGUAAAAGUUGAAAAUCAGACACAUGAUCAUAAAGCAAAUUCUGAAUUGGACAUAAAUAUAAAACCUCAGAUUUGUGGGGAAAAAGAUGAAAAUGCUGUAGCUCUUCAAGAUUCUACAGUAUCUUCAGAUUUAUUGAAAGUAUGUGAUAUAUCUAAUAGUUAUGAAGGAAAAGGUAAAACUAACAAAUGCGCAGAAUAUUCCUUAUCAAAUUCUUCUGUAUUAGAAUUAAAUCUAAGGACUAGAAAUGCCAAUAAGAGAGUACAAAAGCGAGAUUCCAUAGAAAACAGCAGUGUGGAAGAAUGGUCAAAAACAGGGACAUCAGACAUUUCUCUGCCUUCUGAAAAAACUUUUCAAACACCCGAAUGCCGACACAAGAGAAGUAGGAGGGUAAGGAGAUCUAAAGGUUGUGAUUGCUGUGGAGAAAAUUCACAACCUCAAGAAAAGUCACCCCUUGGGUUUACAAAUACAGAAAAUUACAAUGUAAAGGUCAAUGAAACCAAAAAGAUUGAUGUGCAAACACCUGUAACUAUACCAGAGACUUCUAAAGCUAAUUAUUCUGAGGCUAACCUUCCAGAUGAGCUGCAUAGUGUGAGUUUUCAUUUGGGUCUCAAGGAGGACAAUGAUACUAUUGAUUCAUUAAUUGUACCUGAAACAGAGUUGAAAGAAAAUAAUAUUCAAGACUCACUUCCUUCUGAAAUAGUAAAUCUUAAAGAAGAAAUGUGUGAUAUGGAUUUAAAGAAAGCAAUAGAUAUUGAAAGCCAAGAGCCAUCUAAUAAAAAAUGUAAGACUGUUGGUCCAUGUUUAGGUGAUUCCAAAGAUAAUACGCUGGAAUGUUCUACUUUGGAGACCAAAGAAGAAAAGUCAGAAGCUAUACUAAAAAUGGAAGUAAAUACAGAGAACACUGUUAAUGUUGAAGCAGAUGCAUGUAAAGUAAAAGCAGAAUUCAAUCCAGAAGAUGUAGAAGCUAUGGAAUUGGAUGUAGAAUGUGACAAAUCUGAAGCUAGCUUCUCUGAACAAAUGAGUGCCACAACUGGUAUUUUUGAGGCAGAGGCACCAGAGGAAAACAGUACAAGAAGUGAUGAAUCUGAAGCAGAUGCAGCUGAAGUACUGAAUGCUGAAGAAGCUGUAACUGAGGAAAUUAGUUCAGCUAUUGAUCAUACUGAUGAAAUUACACCUAUAAAAGUAGGAGCUCAGAUAGAAGUUUCUGAACAAAUAGCAGUUGGGGGACUAGAUGGAAUAAAUGAUGAAUCUUAUCCAGGCCCAUCUGAAGAAAUGAAUGCUGAAAUGGAAAAUUAUGAAGAUAGAGUAAUUGGUGAGGUGAAUGUUGAAAGUGACCAUGUCAGUGAAACAGAGGAUGGAGACUUGACUACCAAAGCAUCAAAGCCUACAGAAGGGAAAACAGACAGAUUGAAUAUAGAAAUUGACAACUUCAUUCUUAACACAAUUAGCACUGAAGAAGGGAAGGUUAACUGUGAUAAAACUGAAACAAGCAUUGUACUUAAUAAACCCGAAGAAACAAAAUUAGAUGACAGUCAAAUGAAAGUGGGAAAUGAUGGUGACAUUUUACAGGAAGUUCAUAAUUCAGAGAAAGUGAAGGAAACAUCACAAUCUCAGACAUCUGAAAGAGAUAUCUCUGAACUGAUAACAGAAGACAAUAAUCUAUCUCCUCAAAAGAUAAGCGAAUUUGAUCCUUUACUUUUGUCAACAACUGACAGUCCUAGUGGCAUGCAGGCCCGCUGUUUCUGGUCUCCUUUGGCUUCUCCAUCCAACAGCAUUUUAAAGAGAGGACUAAAGAGACCUCAAGAAGAUGAGAUCUCAUCGCCUGUUCACAAGGUUCGACGUGUCUCCUUUGCAGAUCCAAUAUAUCAAGCAGGAUUGGCAGAUGACAUCGAUAGGCGAUGUUCUCUUGUUAGGGCCCAUUCUUCAAACAAUUCUCCCAUAGUGAAAAGUGUUAAAACUUCACCUACUGCACAAUCUAAGCAUAAUACCACUGCAAGCAAAGGAUUUCUCUUCCCAGGAUCACGUAGCCCUAAAUUUAAGAGCUCAAAGAAAUGUUUAAUUACAGAAAUGGGUAAAGAAUCCAUACCGUGUCCAACAGAAAGUGUUUAUCCAGCUUUGGUGAACUGUAUGGCACCAGUUGACAUCAUUUUACCUCAGAUUACAUCAAACAUGUGGGCUAGAGGACUGGGACAGCUCAUUAGAGCCAAGAAUAUAAGAACAAUUGGUGAUUUGAGUACUCUUACAGCAUCUGAAAUAAAAACUCUUCCAAUCCGUUCUCCAAAAGUGUCCAAUGUUAAAAAGGCUCUUAGAGUAUAUCAUGAGCAACAGGCGAAAUCUCGUGGACUAGAAGAGAUUCCAGUUUUUAAUCUUUCUGAAAAAACAAUAAAUGGAGCAGCAAAUAAGCCUCUCUCUGCUGAUGAAGAAGGACUUGCUUCAGAUUUAGUUGAUUCUGUUGCUUUAGAAACUCCAUUAUCUAAAAAUCUUGUGGCACAGGUCAGUGCACUUGCUCUUCAACUGGAUUCAGAGGAUCUUCAUAAUUAUUCAGGAAGCCAGCUAUUUGAAAUGCAUGAGAAACUUGGUAGCAUGGCAAACUCUAUAAUAAAGAAUCUGCAGUCACGUUGGAGGUCACCAUCCCCUGACAAUUCUGUUUAGUAUUUUAAGACAAAGUUGAAGUUUUUAAAAAUAUAACAGUUUGUUGUUUCAUAAAAUAAGUUCUGAAGUAUAGCACAAUUUUAGACUGAAUGUUUGUAAAGUUGGUAACAUUUCAGAACCUGAAGGGCAAUGAUUUAUAUAAGUUCAGUUUUGUAAGAUCAUUUUUCUCAUGUUACAUAUUUUCUUGGCUGCUAUGCAUAGUUCCAAAAAUUUAAAUAUCUUACUGAAAUGUGAAAGCAAAAACUAGACACAAGCCCACAUUUAUUUCACUCAAACUCAUGCAUAUUCUGAUGAAACAUUUUAUAUAAAAUAUCUUAACUGAAGUAAAAUUGAAAAUUUUUUAUUUGAAUUUUUUGCUGAACUGAUAGAAGGUGUUUAUACUUGAUUAUUUUAUUUUAUUUUAUUUUAUUUAUCUUUGUUGUGCCUGAGGUUUAAGAAAUUUCUUCUUGGUAGAAUACCUUAUGUGCGAUAAGAAUUAGAAUGUUGUUCACAGCUGUUAACUUUAGACUGCUUUUAAGAAAAAUACCGAAAGUUUCAGCUUUUGGGUUAAAGUAUUAAAGCAGAAUUUACUAAAAUACAUACCAUUCAUUUAUUUGCAUUAGCAAAUAUUUGUGCAGCAGCAUUUGCCUGUGAAAAUUUACUUUUAUGAGACGUACUCAUUUUAAAAUGCAUGACUAUUUGUACAUUAUGUAUAGAUUACAGUGUUUUUAAUUUAUAAAUUUCAGCUUUUAAUUAGGUGAAUUUUUCUGCAGCUUCUUGUGAAUACCUUUGUUUUGUUUAAUAGAAACAUUUUGUAUAUAUUAAGUACUGAGAUAUCAGUAUGGACAAUAGAAAUGCUUCGUGGACUUGCUGCAGAUGUUUGUAGGAUUCUGUAUUUACAAAUGAAACAGCAAAUAGUUUUGUACUUAGUUAAUGGUCUUAGUUAAAACAUAAGUUUAUUUUCUGAAGUAAACAGAAUGAGUAAAGUUAUAGAAAUGAUAAAGUAUUUUGGCAAUUUUACUACUCAUACCUAUACGUUUUUUCCUUUUGGUUUGGAAGAGAGUAUCAGCCACUAGAAAGCAUGCCUCAUUACAUUUCUUUUUAAUAGGAGAGUUAGAGUAUUUUCAUUACAACUUGGACUGUAAGAGAUCUAGUUUAUGUGCUCUUUUCGCCUGCACCUAAAGCAAACUUGGAAGAAAUUUAAAACUGUUCUUUUGAGAUAUGUAUGUUUUUUGCCUACUUUUUAAAAAUAGGGUGUACAUAAUUAAAACUUUUGUAAAUUUUACCAACUAGUAUUAGUGUGCCUGACUCCCCAUAUUUGUUUUGUUUUUAAUGAGAAGAUCUCAUUUGUUCUCUGAAUAGAAUGAGUGAGCAACCUGUUUCAAACUUUAUUCAGAACUAACACUUAACUUGAAAAUGCACACGUUCUUCAAGUCAUAGAAAGUUUAAUCCUUGUGUCUAAUCAGCUUUUAUAUUCAGAAGGGGACCACUAGCCAGCCACAAUAAAAGUUAAGUGUCUUUAUAAUUGUAAAUCUAUUAUUAUUACAAAUAUAUUGGGGGUCUAAGUUUUGAAUUUACAUACCAAGGAUUUUAAAAGAAAUUCUGGGACUAUUAAACUGAGGGUUGUAGCUUGAAGAAAUAACUAAUGAAAUAUAGGAAUAUUUUUGUAUUUGUCAUUUCUCAAAUAAUAUUUGACAGUAAAGGGGCAUAUAUUUUUAGUGGACUGAUGGGUAUGUGUGUUUGGAGGAGUCAGAAUUAUCUCAUUUCCCGACUACAUAUUUUAUUGUUCGUGUGAACUAAACAUACUUGCUGGUGAAAUGAAGUUCUUUGGAAAGUGAACAGUAUAGCAGGAAAUGAGACCAAAAUGAUUAUCAUUUACUUAAUUCACUGAAUUUGAUACAAGCACAAGUGUUAAUUUAAAAACAUUGCGAUUCAACAAGGAUAUGUUUAAAAAUAUUCGAGGGCAAAAACCAGUUUGCUAAGUCUUCAUUGUUGACAUAGUUGUAAGUGUAUCUUUGGGGAACCUUAUUUUCAAUAUUCUUGCCUUAAAAUUUUUCCUGAAUGAUUCCUGAAUUGCAAAAUGCAUUAAUGUUCCUUGAUUAGCUCCAUUGUGUUGCUUCAUUAUUAAAGAGAAAUUCAGGUUUUUCAAAUAUUUUCUAAUGGCUAAUAAAACACGACAAAUAUCAAUAAUACUCAAAUGUAAUUUCUUAUUUAUUUAAAGAAUCUAGUUGCAUGCAAAAAACAUAGCAUAAUUUUUUAUGUUCCAAAAUGGAUUUCAUAGUGGAUUUAAAUUUUCAAUAUUUGAGUCCAUUAAAAGUGCUCUGCUGUUUGAACAAGUUUGGAAGCCAUUGUUGAAUGGCGUGUGGCUUUUGCUCUAAAUUCCAUACAGUAAAGGAUGAAUCAGGUUUAGUAAUAAUGCUGUUGGAUAAUAUGGUCAAAAAUAAGACUUAAAUCUGAACACUAAGUGCAUGGGAGCUCAUGGCAUUACCCAUGGAUUCUUUAUUUCUGUACAGCUUGAAGGUAGUCAGGGAUUCUGUUAUAUUUUUAAGAAUCAGAUUAUGUAUUGCCUAAAAAGUGGCAGGACAAGAAACAAAAUUAGUGGAAAAUAGAAGGUGUGUGUGUGUAAAGUAUACAAGUAGAAUUUUUUUUAAUGGUAAAGGGAAUGAGAAAAAAAUAAGUGCUGUUUUAAAAGCUGGCUUAGUUGAAAUUGAACAGGAGUUUAGAGGGUCGGGUCACGUUUUCUUUAAUGCCAUGCCUUCCAACUUGGACUUGAUAAUCCAGUAAGAAAGGCCUAGAUUCCAUCUCGUGUUCUUUAUUAUCAAUAAUAGUUAGGGAGAUCAGUUAAAAUUAUUAGGUUAAGACUUGAGUGAGGAGGGAGGGGGGAGAAGCUGUAUUCUCAUUGGUAUAACCCAUGUCCAGUUUAUUCCCAAGCCUUUAGAAAGGUCUUUUACUUUGUACACAAACAAUGGACGUUUUGACUUUUAACACAGUCCCUCUCAAACUAGCAUGUAUGUGUGAAAAUGCAGAUUCUGAUUCAAUAGGUCUGUGGUAGGGCGUGAUCCUUCAUUUCUAAAAACUUCCACAUUACCCAUACUAAAUAGUGAUGUCUAUGGAGUGCACUUGUCCUAGGUAGGCUGAAGAGGCUUCAAGCUGUGAGUUAGGUUUUGAUAGCCCAAGCAGAUUUAAGUCUUUAAAGUUAUUACCACAAAAAUAAAAGCUAGGCUUUUUAAAAUUAACUCAAAUUUAUGAAUUGCAGAUGGGACCGAUCUGGAACCCUUCAAAUUAAAGUUCAAAUUGUAAAGAAAGUUUAAGGUAAAAUUUUGCCUCAUUUGGAACCUUUUUUUAAUAUGGAAGAUUUAUAUUUUUAAGUAGGCAGAUGGUUAAGUAAUGUUAUAAAAGUUAUUAAGCAUUUCAGACAAUGGCUCUUGGAUUGUGUUCUGAUUUUUUUUUUUAAUAUAAAGGUAAAUUUCAAAAUAUUAGAUGGCAUUUAGUCUCUGUCUUGCCUUUUAAGUUAUGGGACUUCAUUAUUUUAUUUAUAAAUAUUGAAAACAGACCAUCCCUGAGAUUAAAAUGGCAGUGAAGUUAGCAAUACCAAAAUAAGUCACGUGUAACAGACCUGUCUUGACAUUGUACUGAAGACCUUUAAUGACUUUGCUGUUAAUGUUACACGGUUGAAAACUAUUUCAUUGUAAAAUGGAGUUUGAAAGACAGAGCUGAAUAAUUGGAUUCUCUAAACAUGAGUGUUUCUUGGCAUUCUGUUACAACAUUGUAUUUCCCUCACAUAUUUAAGUACUCUUUUUGUAAGAGCUACCCUUAUUCAAAGAACUUAAGGAAACGUAGCCAGAAGUUAAAAGUGCUGUGUUUUUAAAAUUGUUUUAUCAGAAUUUAUUGACUGCUAAUCAGUAAAACACACAUGGGCUUUGUUGUUUCUAAUGGCCCAAUUAACAUAUCUAUUAUAUGCCAGGGUUUGUAUAUUGUUUUUGAAAGUAUUCAUUAAAAUCUGAGUCAUUUUGAUUUGAAGAUUUGUAAAUAUUUAAUGGAGCAGUAGUCUAACAGAAUUAUGGGUGUUUACUCAGUCCUGGAGUAGACAGCUAAAUUUUACAAUGUGGUCUUAACAUUUUUUUCUUUAUUAUAUACCAAGCCUUUCACCAAAGAACAGUUAAAACUGAACAUGAACUGCCAAGCUGUACAAAUGCUUACUCCCCUGAAAUAUACUAUUUGAGUUGAAUGUAAUCUGUCUUUAUCUGAGAGUAUAAAAUUGAAGGCAGUAUUGAUGUCACAGGGAAGAAAAAUCCUACCUAACUUUUGUCCUUAUACCAGAGGAAACAUUAUCUUCAGGCCAUAGUCUAUUGACUUAUAAUUGGGGGUAAAACGAGCUUAUGAGACAGCAAGCUUAUAUGCUGAUAGAGAUUGAUAUACUGAUAAGUGAUAGUUUCCAACAAAAAGCAUUAUUUCUUUAAUGGAUAAAGUGCAUCUAACUAGGAAAUUCACCUUCAAAAUAGUUAUUUUGAUAAUUGAAUAAUUAGUCUAAAGAAUUUUUUAUUUUUAUAUGGAAUGGGAACUUUGUAAUAGAAAAAUGGAAUUAAGAAUAGAAUCGGUUUUGAAUA